UAAAAAAAGCAUUCUGGUUUUCAGAUAUUCAUCAUUACGCUGCAUGCAGCAUUAGUGGAGGGUUUAGCGGUUUGAGAAUGUGCUGCAAAACAAUUACUUUGUCAUCGUAUUUACGCAGGCGGGAUACCGGUUAUUUUUUAAAAUGUAAUUUAAUUUAUCAAAUUGUAGCGAACCUCAAUUCUCGCAGGCAGGCGCAUUACACAGGGCUAGGCAAUCUACAGCUCUAUGCUUUAGUGUGAGAGGUCCCGGGUUCGAGCCCGUCCUCCGCCUGUGUGUAGAUUGCCUCGCCCUGUGUGAGGCGCCUGCCUGCUGGAACCGGGGAUCGUAACAAUAUGUUUAGGGGUGACCAGAUAGCAAGAGUGCAAAAUGGGGACACUCAGUUUGUAUGGGGAGGAAAGAAACCUCGUGAACUACUGCAAGAGGUAUAUUUCGUCAGAAGAUCGUGACUAGACAUUACCAAAAGAAACUGUACACGCAGAUGGAGCUUAGCCAGCUAGCCACACACCGGGAACAUGCAGUGCAAAGAAGAACAUCCAGAAUGCUUCCAUCAUGUGCCUGGAGACAUACAUGGUCAUGGGAAUGGACACCGGCUUCGACAUGGAUUCCUUGAACAUCCUGGACAAAUGGAUCAAUCUACAAAUGACACCACACAACAACCCAAAAGCCUUUCCUUCCUGGAGGACCAAAGCAACUGCGACAUCAUAAAAGCUACACAGUAUGGGGCACUAGAAAGGUGUAAGGAGCUUGUGGAAGCUGGUUAUGAUGUCCGACAGCCGGACAAAGAAAAUGUUUCCCUCCUUCACUGGGCAGCUGUCAACAACAGAGUUGACCUGGUCAAGUAUUACAUUUCUAAAGGUGCAAUAAUAGACCAGCUUGGUGGCGAUUUAAAUUCAACUCCUCUUCACUGGGCUGUAAGGCAGGGUCAUUUAUCCAUGGUGGUCAUGCUGUUGAAAUACAGAGCAGACAUUGCACUGGUAGAUGGAGAAGGCUUUAGCAGUAUUCACCUGGCAGUCCUUUUCCAGCACAUGCUCAUUAUAGCUUAUCUUCUUGCAAAAGGGCAGAAUGUAGAUAUGCCAGAUUUAAACGGACAGACACCUUUGAUGUUAGCAGCUCAGAAAAUCAUUGGACCAGAACCUGCUCACAUUCUCCUUAAGUUUAAUGCUUCAGUCAGUGCCGUGGACAAGGUAUAUAAAAACACCCCUCUGCACUGGGCAGUGACGUCAGGCAAUGCCGAUGCAGCUCAUUUUAUAUUGGAAGCAGGAGCUGAUGUGGAUGCCCGGAACGCGAAGGGAGAGACGCCUCUUGAUCUUGCUCAUCAGGUUAGGAACUCCCUACUGAUUCACAUGCUAACGCAAGCGAAACAGGAGAGAAGUAACGCCAACAUGAUGAUUUUCAGGAGAUUGCAAAGAUACAAGUUCCAUUUGGUCUUGCUGUUUUGCAUUUGUGUGUUGUGGGCAGUAGGAUUCAUAGCUGACAUGAAUUCAGAAUCGUGGUUACUUAAAGGAACUCUCUUUGCCUGCAUGUACGCAGUGCUUCAUCUUGUUACAAGGUGGUUCAUGGGAUCUCCGCUCCAAUCCUUCUUGCCUGCAGCUCUUCUCCUGGCCUCAGUGUUCUUGAUGUUUGUGACCUGGUUCGUUUUGUUCCUGCCAGAUCUUUCUGAGCCUGUUUUCCAGAUCGCCUUUACUGUCAAUCUUACAGGACUCCUGUAUUUCUAUUACAAAAGCUGGAGAACAGACCCUGGGUACGUCAGAGCCACAGAAGAUAAGGAAGAGAACGUUAUCACUCUUGCAGAGGCAGGCUGUCUAGAACUGGGGCUCUUUUGCAGCUCAUGUCUUGUGCACAAGCCUAUGCGAUCAAUGCAUUGUUUUGCAUGUGACAGCUGUGUGGCAAGACAUGACCAUCACUCUCUCUGGACUAAUAGUUGUAUAGGUAUUGGAAAUCAUCGCUACUUCUUGGGAUUUGUGUUUUUCCUCUCGCUUGUUGGAGGGUGUAUGUUCUAUGGGACCAUUGUGUAUUGGUCAUCUCACUGCUCUACUAACUAUCAGGAGGAUGGUGCGUGGGGAUAUGUGACUCAGAUUGUUUCCUGUUCUCCCUGGGUGCUGUUCAUCUUCGUUGUGGUUUUUAUCCAUACCGCAUGGUCUUCUCUCCUGCUGUUGACACAGCUGUAUCACAUUGCUUUCUUGGGUUUGACUGUUACUGAAAGAUUAAAUCUUUUGAAGCGGAUAAAAAGUUCAAGGCAUGCAAUUUCAAUCAGGCAAAACCCAUACAAUUUGGGUUGUUUCAAGAACAUUGUGAAUUUCUUCCAGUUGAGGUGCUUUGGCCUGUUCAAACCAAACAUCGUCGAUUGGACUCAGCAGUACAAUAUGUCUGUUCACUCACAACAGGCAGUGCCUGAUGACUUGCAAGCAGUGUAAAAGGUGUAUUGGUUUGGUAAAUGAUUGCUAUUUAAAUUCUAGACAUUACACCUGUCAAAAUUGCAUUGUUAGAUAUUUUUGCUUUUUUUUUUUUUUGUCCUGGUAAAAGCGCAGCUGUGUGGUGUACAGGGCGAGUCAUACAGCUCAGGUUUGCGUCCUGGCUGUGUGGAGUCGCCUGUCUUCACUGGGGAUUCAGAAGGGUGCGUUGCAUUGGCUCUGGCGCUCCCGUGGGUUAUGGAGGCAAAACUGGCAGGCUGUUUCUCCUCGUCACGCUACAGAGACCCCUGCUGGCCAGGAGCCCAGGGAGCUCAAAAGCUGACAGCUCCACGGCUGACCUUUAACCUCCAGAGGUCAGUAGCCAUGCUGGCAUCCACUCUUUAGUUACAUGGUAUAGAAGAGGAAGCUGGCUCGGUCGUGGGAUCGGAGGACACCCACUGAACCUUCAGAGAGGUUUUGGAGAAAUAAUUGGGCACACAAAAAAAAAAAAAAAAACAAGAUUUUAUAACAUGCAGGAGCCCUCAUCGGUUUGGAACCCCCUGUGUCCCAGUACUUUUACCUUCCCUUUUUUGAGGUCUGUAGUGCAGUCUGUACAAUAUUGUCUGCAAUGUAGAUAUGCCUAUGUGUUGGGCUGUUUUGAAUCUGUUUGGAUAACAUUUGAAGUUAAAUCAUUUACAUGUUCAAUAUGAGCUGUUUCCUGUACAUUUUAUACUUAAUGAAAUUUAAAAAAAAAUUAAGACAUUAAAACCUUUGAAAGUUC